GACAUUUUUGCUGGGGCCUUGACACUUCUCCACGUGCUUAAAGCAUACUCACUAGUAGCUUCUUUUGUAUCAUGUUCUUGAAAGUGGCUAAGGCCGCUCAGAACUUUUGUAAGUGGUAGCGCCUGGCAGCGUUGCACCGUGCAGUUUCAUCUCGAAUCUAUUGAUGCUUAUUUGUCUGGUGUCAUUGGUUACUCAUUUGCCUCGGCACAGUUGCAGACUGCAUACAGGAAGCCCUGGGAGGGAACGGCACGCGGCGUGGCACAACCGACGGGCAAACCCGGCCUCUCAGAAGCGAUGUCGAUAUGCAACUGCUUUAAGCACCGAUAGUGCUACAUAGAUUCUUACUUGUAUACUGGACAAGCAGGCAGCAAUAGUGUCAAACGGCCACCGGCAGUGCAAAAUUCUGCUUUCGUUCCUAAGAACCUAUGCUUGUUUCUCACGGUUGUCCUUAUCCGAGCUCUCAUACAUGAAGGCAAAGUAAACAAUUGCACGUCACGGAAGUGGCAGCCGUUCGACUGUUUCGACGGCAAUGGCGGGACCCAUCGUGCAUGUGCAGUCCCCGCCCGGCGCGGUGGCUAGCUCUAGCAUUUUCCCACAGCUACCUCCCGAGCUGACAGAUCGCAUCGGCGCCUUUGUUCCGCCCAACGACAUGGCCUGCGCCUUCCGCUGCACUUGUCGCGCCGCGCGAGACCUUUUCUCGGCCCCUCGCUUCACCACCCUGCACUUGUCCCAGCCCGGCAUUCCACACGACGUCUUUGCACGCAAGUGGGCAGCGCCCGGCGCCUGCCACAGCCUCUCCUACCGGCAGCGCCGACAGCUUACCACCCUGACCGCAGCCUCGGGCGACGUCGCAAACCUCCACGCCGCGCUCGCCGCCGCCGGCCUCGUCCCCGGUGCCGCCGAGCUCGGCGCCGCCGCCGGCGCCGGCCGCCUGCACGUGUGCGCCUGGCUGCGCCGCCGCCACAACUGCUGCACGGCCGACCCAACCGGCGACGCGCUGGUGGCGGCGGCGGCGGCGGGCGCCGCCGAGGGCGCCGCCUGGCUGCUAAGCAAGGGCGGCGCCUGCUGGAGCUGGGCCGCCGUCGGCGCCGCCGCCGCCGCCGGCCACGUGGCACUGAUGGAUUGGCUGGUGGCGGCGCGGCCGACGGCGGCGGCGGCAGCAGGGCCAGUGGCGGCGGCGGAGGCUCGGCUGGCGGGCGGGCCGCACCCCUGUGAGCCGGAGCCGCUGCGCAUGAGCCGCGCGCUGGCGGCGGUGGCGGAGGGCUGUGGGCUCGGGGUGCUCCGGCGCUGCUGUGCGGCUUGGCCGGCGCUGUGGGCGGAGGGCGGCGGUGCAGGCGGCGAUGAUGGCGGUGGUGGCAGUGGAUGUGCAGCUGCAGGCACUGGGUAUGGUGGUGACGGCGACGGAACGUCUAUGCAGCGGGCCCAGCGCAUGCAGAGGCUGACUGCUGCCGCCGAUUUUGCAACUGCUACUACAGCCCACACCGGGCCAGGGCAAGGGCUGGAGCCAGGGUCAGGGGAAGCUGCGGUAGCAGCGGGAGGCGGGCAGCGCGCGAAGCGGGACGCGGCACUUGUGACGCGGGGACACGCAGCGCUGGCGGCGGCGGCGGCUGAGGCGUCGGUGCAGCGCUGGCGGGGCCAUCUGUUGGCGGCGGCGGCUCGCAGCGGCACAGCGGACUGGCAGGACAAGGUCACGUGGUUGCUGGGGUGGGCCCCCGACGCCCCCGGCCUUGAGGAAGCCGGGCGCAUGGCGUUUGCCGGUGCCGCUGAGGCGCGCGCAUGCGGCCAGGGUGGCGGCGCCAGCACCAGCAGCGGCGGCGGUGACGGCGGCGGCGGCGGCGGCGGCGAUGGCGGCGAGGAGGCGGCGUGCAGGAUGGCAUGGUUGGCGGCGCAGGGCCUGGUGCCGGCUGAGUCGGCGCUGUUGGCGGCGGUGCGGUGCCGCGCCGCCGCCGCCGUGGACUUCCUGCUGGCGGCGCCGCCAGCGGUUUCGGUCGGCUCGGGGGCGGCGGCGGCGGCGGUUGGGGAGCCGGCGGCGGCGUGGCCGCCGCUGGCGGUUGGGGAGGAGUUGGUGGUGGCGGCGGCGGAGGUGGGGGAUGUGGGGCUGCUGCGGCGGCUGCUGUCGGAGCCGCGGUGCGAGGCUGUGGAUGCGCUGGACGCGUUGUGUGCGGCGGCGGGGGGUCGGCACUUGGCUGUGCUGGAGUUCCUCACGGGGCCGCCGGAGCGGCAGCAGGAGGGGCAGGGGGAGGCGCAGGAGCAGGACCAAGAGGAGGGGCAGGAGCAGGCAGGUAGCGGCGAGGAAGUGGGAGAGGAGGAAAGACAGGAGAAUGGGGAGGGGGAGGGUGAGGAAGGAGAGGGAGCUGCAGGCAGCGGUCGGGCGCGGCGGGUGCGGCGGCGUGACCAGCUGCGGCGGGCGGGUCUGCAGCUGUGCGGCGCGGCGCUGGAUGACCCGCUCAUUGCCAAUGAGGCGGCGGAACGCGGCAGCCUGGAGGUGCUGCGCUGGCUGGCCGCCCGGCGCUGCCCCAUGGACGAGUUCACUCUGGCGGCGGCGGCGGAGGGAGGCUGCGGCGCCGCGCUGGAGUGGCUGGCGGGGCCGCGGCGCGUGCGGCUGGGGGCCAGCGGCGACGCCUGGCGUCAGGCCAGCUGGGGCGACCUGGCCACACUGCGGACCCUGGCGCGGCUGCGGGUGCCGCUGGGGCCGGCGGGCGCCGGCCCCGCGGGCGCCGCCGCCACCUUUUUGAACAUGUUGGUGCGCGCCGCGGCGCCGCUGCCGGUGCUGCGGCUGAUGGUGGAGGAGGCGCGGUGCCCCGUGGACUGGGAGAAGGCUCGACGCGGCGCGCUGCGGCGGCGGGAUGAGAGCCGCCGGCCGCUUCUGGACUGGGUCCGGCAGCAGGCGGUGGCGGCGGCGGGGCUGGAGGGGUUGGGGGUAGGGGGAGCGGAAGGCUGGAAGGAGAAGGCGGUAUCGGCACCAGGGCCACCCGGGCGAAAGAUUCUGCUGCAUAGGCACGCUGAGCAGGAUGGGGACGGCGAUGGCGGUGGGGGUGGGGAGGCGCUUUGAGCUGAUGGCAGCUGUUGCUUGCAAGGCGGGUGGCGGGUGGCGGCAGGGGCGGGGGUAAAUGGGGCUGGCUGACAUGCUGCGGACACGUCACAGGGGGUGCAACUUCGAGCUUCACGUCGUGUAAAGCUCUUGGAUC